AUGAUCAACAAAUUGCCAAGUGAACUUGUGAAAGUUUACGACACCAUCAUACAAGAUCAACUUAAGCAGGGCUUCAUCGAGGAAGUCACCGAUGACGAUCGAGAAAUCGGACACUACCUACCUCAUCGAUCGGUCUCGAAGGACAGCGAGUCCACUCCGAUCAGAAUUGUAUAUGAUUGUUCAGCAACUUCAAAACGGGAUCAACCCAGUUUAAAUCAAUGUUUAGUCACCGGACCGCCACUGCACAACUCGCUGACGUCGAUACUAAUUCGAUUUCGCUCAAACCCAAUAGCUAUGACGGCAGACAUUGAGAAGGCAUUUCUGCAGAUAUAG